GUGUCAAGGCUCCCAUCCAGAGCCCUGCUGAGCAGUAGCAUGUCCUCAACCGACCUAAUUUGUUGACAAUUAUUACACCCGGCCAGGUCCGGUUAGCCCAUCGCCGGUCAUGCGGUGGGGCUGCUGGCCCUUAAUGGGGCUCCUGCUGGCGGCAGCGAGCCCCGCAGCCCCCGCGGCGCGCCGAGGGCGCCAUCGAUCCGUCCCCAUUGAGGGGCCUCGUGCGGAGCCCCUGAUGGCGCAACAGGGGUCCAGCACGCGACGGGACCCCUUCGAUCCCCACAAGGAUUCCGAGGAGUUUAGAAGGGACGCCCCAGAUGACAAAAGAGACUUCCCUAGUCGACUGUCGUCGACGGAUGAGGACCCUUUAAUCAUUCGCACCAAUAAGGGAAAAGUCCGCGGGACGACGCUGACUGCGGCAACAGGAAAGAAGGUAGACGCCUGGUUGGGCAUUCCCUACGCCCAAAAACCCGUAGGGAACCUGCGGUUUAGGCACCCGCGCCCCUAUGAGAAAUGGGAGGGCGUUAUCAAUGCCACCAAGCACCCCAACUCCUGCGUACAAAUUAUUGACACACUGUUUGGAGACUUUCCCGGUGCUCAAAUUUGGAACCCCAACACUCCUCUAAGCGAGGACUGUCUCUACAUUAACGUGGUGGUCCCGCGGCCUCGGCCCAAGAAUGCUGCGGUGAUGGUGUGGGUGUUUGGAGGAGGAUUUUACUCCGGCACCAACACUCUUGAUGUUUAUGACCACAAUAUUCUGGUAUCCGAGGAGAACGUUAUAGUAAUCUCCAUGCAGUAUCGGGUGGCAUCACUGGGGUUCAUCUACUUCGGAACGCCUGACGCUCCUGGCAACACCGGCCUCUUCGAUCAGCUGAUGGCCUUGCAGUGGGUGCGGGACAACGUGGCAGCCUUCGGAGGAAACCCCCAGAAUGUGACCUUGUUCGGUGAAAGCGCCGGCGCCGUCUCCGUCUCCUUGCACCUGCUCUCCCCAUUGUCGCGCAACUUAUUCUCCCAGGCUAUCAUGGAGUCGGGCAGCGCCACGGCGCCUUGGGCAAUAAUCUCUCGAGAAGAGAGCAUUCUGCGAGGACUCCGAUUGGCGGAGGCAGUCAAAUGUCCUCAUGAAAGAGACAACCUGCCGGCUGUUAUCGAGUGUUUAAGAUUGAAGGAUCCCUUCGACCUCGUUAACAAUGAGUGGGGCACUUUGGGAAUCUGCGAAUUCCCCUUUGUGCCCAUCAUAGACGGGUCCUUCCUGGAUGAAUCCCCCGGUCGGGCAAUGGCCAAUAAAAACUUCAAAAAAACCAACAUUCUCAUGGGCUCCAACACGGAGGAAGGCUACUAUUUCAUCAUGUACUACCUCACUGAGCUGUUCAGGAAAGAGGAAAACGUCUACAUCAGUAGGCAAGAAUUCCUGGGCGCAGUUACCGAACUGAACCCAUAUGUUGGGCCUGCGGCACGUCAAGCGAUUGUCUUCGAGUACACCGAUUGGCUGAAUCCAGACGACCCGGUGGCCAAUCGGGACGCUCUGGACAAGAUGGUCGGAGACUAUCAGUUCACGUGCAAUGUGAAUGAGUUUGCUCAUCGCUAUGCGGAAACUGGCAACAAUGUCUACAUGUACUACUUCAAACAUCGAACUGUGGCUAAUCCUUGGCCUACUUGGACGGGUGUGAUGCACGCCGAGGAAAUAAACUACGUAUUUGGAGAGCCGCUGAAUCCCGAAAAGUCCUACACUGCGCAAGAAGUCGAUUUGGCGAAGAGGAUCAUGCGAUAUUUUGCAAAUUUUGCCAAAACCGGUAAUCCGUCGCUUGCGCCUAAUGGAGUGUGGACGGCCACCUUUUGGCCCCUACACACGGCCUAUGGAAGAGAGUACUUGACUCUGGAUGUAAAUAGUACUGCCACUGGCAAAGGCCCGCGCUUGAAACAGUGCGCGUUUUGGAAAAAGUACCUGCCUCAGCUGCAGCAGCUUACAGUGGAACUGCAGCAAAAGCCGCAGUUGUCCAACUGCACGAGUGAGGGAAGUUCCCUGACUAUCAGCCAAUCGCAGGUUGGCGCUUCGCUGCUCUGUCUGAUUUUCAGUGUAUUUGGGCGGAUGUUCGCGUAGAGAGAUCGUAGAAACUAGAACCAUUCCAGCAUGGUGCUUGAUUUCUACGGAAAGUUCCCAAACAGUCAGAGGAUGAAGGAACUUAGACAAUUUUUGCUUAUCGCUGUGUAGACAACAGUCCCAAGAACAAUGAGUAAUGGACGUGUUUAGAGGUUUGAUCUGUGACUGAGGAUGGAGGUGCUUUGGGUGUGAAACCUUGCGGUUAAUCUGAACGGCCUAGUUCGAUGGAAACUUUACACAUAUCCUUAGAUCUCUAAGCAAUUUGAUUUUUAUACAUUAAGUGGUAUUUUGCGUUCCUGCUGAUCAACCGGCUGGGGUGUCUGAGAGGGUCGAUCCGUACCGUUUCAGACAUCCUGUUGUGAAACGAUGCAUAUCAUUACUAAUAUCAUCGAGAAAACUCUUAACCUAAUAUAUAGGUAGUGAUAACAUACGAUUAGCUUUUUGACUCUAUCAAGGUUUUAGUCCCAAAGUACCUGGCUUCCAAAUAGUACUUAUAAAUGAAGAGUUGUAUAUUGAAUUGUAGGGUAAACUUGGAUGUAUUGGAUGCAUUGAAGGAAAUAUUCGCAACAUGAGGGAAUCCCACUGUUAUCGGCUUUUUUCGGCCUCUAUAUCCGUCUAAAGUGGCGCUCUGUAAACAAAUCUCCACAUUUUUUGCAUCUUUUAGUCAGCUUCUUGUAUAGGAAGGAUUUGCAAUUUUUACAUUUAGCGGUAUUUUUAUUUACAAAACUUUUGUUAAAGUGGCAAAGGUAAUGAAGAUUAUGGAAUUUUUUCGAGUUGGACAGACUGUCAAUUUUUCUCUUUGGCUAAGUUUUUCUAUGAAAAAUUGAGCCACUCUGUAUAACAUAUUUGUCGCUGUUUCCAGUUCAGAUACUCCAAAGGUUCAAACCGCAUUAAUUCAGCGGCUAAUUUAACAUUUUUUAUACUACGUUUUAUCAAAAACCAGCUGAACUGCAUGUAAACAAACCGAUGACAUUUGUCAUGUAUUUACGCGGAGUGACAGUGACAUUAGAGUCGUAUAUACUAUUGCAUGACAGGACAUGUCAAGUUAAUGAACUGCUGCCAAUUGUAAAAACGAAAUUGGGGCAUUUUGUGACAUUUUUUGAAAUUUUCUACCAUUAAAUCUAUCGCUUGUAAACAAACCUAUGAAAUUAACCGUGUCUUGGCAACAAGUGAUUUUUUUGAAAAUUUUUGGAAUUUCUCAUGUCAUAAAUUGGUUCAAAAGACCACCUAUAUCAGACGUAGACUAAGCGAUGACAGUUUGUGCCUCUUUACAAUGAAUGACAGUGACAUCGGAGGCGUAUUUACAGCUGUCUUACAGGAAACGUCAAAACAGUGAAAUGCUGGGAGAGUUAGAGACGUUUCUAGAAAGUUUUGAGUGUCUAGAAGAUUCUUAGAUUUUUUCAUAUCAAUUUAGGUACCAAAAGUUUGCAAAAACUCAUUCAACACACAUGUUUUUAGUAAUUUUCAGUUACUGUUACUUGUUACCAUGCAAAAUAUUUUCACGCUAGUCUCAAAUCAAUCAAAAAUCAAAUCAUCAAAAUCAAAUCAAUCAAUCAAUCAUCGAUCAAUCGAUCAAAAAACUGCGCACUGACAGCCUAAAUUACGUAAAUUUGGACAGAAAACGAUGUGAUAUUGCAUGUAAACAAAGCGAUGACAUUUGCUGUCGCUUCACAACUAGUGACAUUGACAUUUAAGCAAAUUUACUACUAUUUGAAAACAACUGUUAAGUCAACAGAUCCUAUCAACCGUAGAAGAUAAUUUGGGGGAUUUAAAGAGACUUUUGAAUGUCUAGAAGGUUCUUAAGGUUUUCCAUAUCAAUUUCAGAGGCUUGCAACAAAAAAUCCAAAUCACAUUUUCAUUUAUUUGCAGGCCAAAGAUUAUUUUGCUGCUUCCUAGGAAAAAUCGCAUAUUCACAACAAAAACAUUGCAACUUUAGGCUAAAACUCCACAAAAUUGCAUAUAAACAAACCAAUGGCUCCCUCUUGACAACGAAUGACAGUGACAUUUGAAGCGUAUUUGCAACUGGCCGACAACAAAAGUCAAAUUACUGAACUGUUUUCAAUCAUGGAGAGGAACGUUUUCACAGCCUUUUGAGUGUAGAAGAUUUUUUGGGUUUUGCCUAUCAAUUUCAGACCCCAAAGUUUGCAAAAGCAUUUCAAAUUAACCAGAACGCGAUUCAAUUUACAUGGUUUUAAUUCUUUUCGAUUAUUUAUAAGCAAUUAGUUUGAGCAUAAAGUCACAUAUUCACAGCCUAAAAUGCGCAACUUUCGGUUAAGCGAUGACAGUUGCUGUCUCUUUCCAACGAGUGAUAGUGACAUUUAAGGCGCAUUUACAACUGCCCGAUAACUACGUGAAAUAAAUUAAAUAUUUGCAACCGUAGAAGACAAUUUGACGCACUUUUAGAAGUAUUUGAGCAUCUCCAAACUUUUAAAAUUAUUUAUUUUUAUUUAAUCUCAGCGAAUUCGCAGUUCUAUUAUAUGUAAACCAACCGAUUACAUUUGCUGUCGUUCGCAAUAAGUGACAGUGACAUUUAGAGCGUAUUUACAAUUGCUCGACAGGAAACGUCAAAGCAUCGAAAUGCCUUAAAACGAAGAGAGAAUAGGAAGCAUCUGUAGAUAAUUUUGAAGGUCUAAAAUAUUUUAAAGAAUUAAUUAAAAUUCAAUUCACAUGGUUUUAGUAAUUUUGAAUGAUCCCUCGCAAGAGAGUCCUAAAAGUUUUCUUCUGCCAAAUGAAACAGAAAUUUUCCGAGAAAAUCACUUGUUUACUUACGCAAACAAUCCAUAGACGUCUGUGGUAUAUUUAGAACGAAUGACAGUGACAUUUAAAGCAUAUUUACAUCUGCCUUACUUGAAACGUCAAAUGUGUGAAAUUUUACCAGAAAUAUAGAGGGAUUUGAGACAUUUUGAAUCGUUUGAGCACCUAGAAGAUUUUUGAAUUCAACUCCAUUUCAGAACCAAAAGUGUACAAAACUGGCCUUAAAUAAUCAGAGUUCCAGUCGGCGCAGACGAUUUUUAAAUAAUAAAUAAUUAAUUUUAAAUUUAUACUGCUGAUUAAACUCUGCAACUUUGGUUAAACCUCGGCUGUUUUGCAUGUUACAAAACCGAUGACAUUUGGUUGCUAUUUACAAUAAGUGACAGUGACAUUGAAGGCGUAUUUGCAACUGCCUUAUGAAAAACGUCAAAACAAUGAAAUGUUACCAACCAUAGAAAAAAGUUUGAGACAUUUUUGGAAGCUUGUGAGUCUCUAGAAGAUUAUUUAGGUAUUUUUGUAUCACCUGCAGACUAAAAUUUUGCAAAAAAAGUUGAGUGUCAUUCAGCAUGUAUUCUUUCAGUAAUUUUUAAAUGUUAUUAUGUAAAAUAUUCUCUCGCGGCUAUCUGAGCCAAAAAUUGCGCAUUCACGGUCCAAAACCACGUAAAUUUGGGUAAAAUCCCAGAUAUUUUGCAUGUCAACAAGCUGAUAACAUUUGCUGCCGCUUUACAACUAGUGACAGUGACAUUAGAUGCGUAUUGACUACUGUGACAGAAAAGUCAAGUCAGUGAACUGUCACCUACAGUUGAAGCAAUUCCUCUGAGUACAGGGUGUCUCAAAUGAAAGUGGCACAUUUGCCUGUUUUUCUGUGGAAUAAAGGUCUACUUUAGAUGGAUCUAGAAAAGCCAAUUUUUUUGACAAAAAAAUCACCCAUGGCUAGUUGAGAAUCAAUUGGUACAUUGGGCUAACGAUAGAAAUUUGCGCAUUUGUAGGAUUUUCGGAAUUACUUGAUUAUGCCUAUAAUCACUCGUAGAAAAUUGAACAUAAAUGUCCCCAAGCAAAACCUGAGAUCUUAGCGGUUGCCUGACAUUGAAUCAACUUGGUUAAGUGCCAAACCUUUAGCAAAACCACUAAUUUAAAAAAAUGCACUUUACCAACAGUAAAAGUAAACUCCCUUAUCCAGGCCCUUGCUACAAUGUCUCUUCGCUGCCUUAUAUCGAUAACUUUACAAAUAUAGCGACAAAUAACUAUUUCGUACUGUAACUGGUAGUCGUUAGUAACAUAGUGCCUCUGUAUUUAUGUAGUGUUCCUGACUGGGGGGAUAUUUCAAGGCACAUCGGGUAAGAUUGGAAAUGAUUGGUUGCAAAGUCCCUGUGAUAAUUUCCGAGAAAACCCCUUGGUCCUUUCCUUCUAAGCUAGUCCCGCAUUUCUACUACUCAAACAUACAUAUCCACUUAUGGUGCGAAACUUAAUGAUCUAAAUUUACCCGUAGUUCUUUCUAUUUGUACAUAACUCGCUCUGUAUAUGUUCGUUUCUUCCCGCCACUCUACACUCUAAGUCUGGGUAACACUGUGUUGUGUGGCGCUUUUGUGUUGAUACCGCUCUGAGCGUCAAUGCGUUAUAACAACUCGCGUCUGAUGGCGCAACACCAUAAAUCACAAACUCCCCUGCGAUCUCCCUACACAUUUAUCGUAUUAUGAGUUUACAACACCAUAAGUUGCGCCAACACCUGAAAAUUCACUGUGUUACCCAGGCUUAGUACACUCUGCCUGAUUUUCAGCUGGACACUGAUGAAUCAGCCACCGUGUGUAUAUUAAACGAAAAAAACGCUACUAGUUGACUAGCCGAAAAAAACCCUUCAUAUCAAGCCCCCCUUUUCACAUUUGUUUAAACAAUUGUACAAACAGUAAAUGUUAGCUCUAAAUUAGGCGCCUACUAACUACGUAUAAAAGUAAGUCUAUCAAUGGUUCGUAAAAUAAUUGUUUGAGCUUUUGUUGUUCAAAGUUGCGCUUGCGUUGUAGAUAGUGAGGAAACUAGAUAAACGUGUUAACCGCGUCAAAGCUUCAAUUGCACUCUGAACUGAAAAUUCCCAACUAUCUGAAUAAAUAAGGGCAACUUUCAGGCGGCUGCAUGACUUUUCCAAACAACUAAUUGGAAAGUAUUGGCUAGAAAACAAGCAACCCAAUUCUCCAGCCAAGUUUCCUUCAAACGUUCUAAAAUGGAAUUAAAUGGCGAUUUUUGCAAUAGAAAUGUUACAUUUUCGUCCAGAAGUUACGAUUCUAACCAGUAUUUUCCUAGUGACCGACCAGUAGCAAAUUUAACUGUAAAUUUUGUAAUGACGUAGUUUUCAUAUGCACAUUCUAGACGUAAGAAGCGAACUUAAAUUGAUGUUUAUUUGUACUUAGUGUAGAUAGGAGGGAUUUAAACAUAAUCUGCAACUUUCUGCUUUAUAAAGAAACCCCCAGGAAGCUUCACUUGCUUCACAACCCAUUAAGUUGCCGGCAAAUGAAGAUUAACUGGUUUGUCGCCCAAGCGCUAUCAAAGUCCAAAAUAGGUUUACCUUGUUUUACAAUAACUUUUCUUAGUGCAUUUCUGGGUGAAAUUUGGUUUUCUUUCAGGAGUUUGCUACUUUUCAUUAAGAAAACAGUCAUUUAAUUCCACAUGCAUAAAUCGGUUGCCAAAUUUCAACCAAAGCAGCAAGUCAAUGAAAAGUGCAGUUAACCAACCUAAGCAAUCUGCUCGAAACGAAUUUUCAAAUUAGUGAAAAAUCAGUGAAAACCAAAGAAAAACGCAUUUUCCCAAGAAACCCCACUAAGUUAAUGCUAAGUAAUCUACAAGCUGAGCAAAUUCUCGACUUCAAACGCGAUUGGGCCAAAAAACUGUUUAAUUUACUUUUGACGCUGCUUAAAACUCGUUGACGUUUGUGGAAUAUUUACAACUGUCCGACAUAAAACGUCAAAUGAAUGGAUUGAUGUCAAACGUAGCAACAUUUUUGGGAGUUUUUGGCCAAAAACACCACAACGUUUCCACAAUUUUACUUCGUUCUCAUAUGUAAGCGACCCAGCAUUGACGUUUCGCCAAUAUAUACAAGGAGUGACAGUAACAUUAGCGCCGUAUUUACAAUUGUCCAGCGAAAACGCCAAAUAAAUUACACAUAAAAUGACAGUGACUUAGGAACGUAUUGACAUUGGCCCGGCAGGGAACAUCGAAUCAAUAAACUGCUACCAACUUCAGCAACAUUUUCAGGCACUUUUUCAUUGUCUUUCGUUGCAGAUAAACUCUUGGAAGUUUUCACCUGGCAAAAAUUGCAACGAAUUUCACUUUUUACUUAUGCAAACAACGCAAUGAAAUUUGUAGUAUAAUUACAAAGAGUGACAGAGACAUUUGGACCGUAUUUACAAUUUCCUGACAGGAAACGUCAACUCAAUAAACUGAUAAUCACUGUAGCAAUA